GAAAUACACACCUUCCAGUGUCGACGAUCACGCAGAUAAGCUGGGUCACCGUGACAGCUGUGAUAUGGCGAGAGUGAUUGCGGCGAGUUGUCACGGUCAUCUCUGUCGCAGUGGACGUUUCCCCACAGAUAACACACAGCAGCACGCAGGUAUGUCCACUCACAGGUACCAGAGCUUCCCAGGUAACUCUCACGUGAAGAUGGGACAGAGGAAGAAGGUGAUGCUGUGGACACUGGCUGUGGUGACCUGGUUCUUCCUCCACACCAUUCUUCUUCUCGUCGUGCUGACCGGUAUGUACAGACCCUUGGAAGAAGAGGGUGGGGCUGAGAAGAGGGUGGUGACGGAAUCAGCGAACUCCAGAAACCCAUUACCAGAUCCGAUACCCCAACCAGCGCUUUCGUCUCACACACGGCAUGAACGGAUGAAAAUGGACUUUAAAAGGAAAGGUAACAAGCUUCUCUUCAAACCGACAUCGAAAAGACAGACAGGGACUUUUGAGAAAUUUGUCAUCGACCCAGAGAAGAUGACUCGCCUUGACGUCACCAUACAAAAUAUUAUGAGCUUCCACUCGCGUCCAGGAGAUGACUAUUACGGUUUCAACGUCACCCGCAGCGAGGAAGUUCCCUUCGACAGGGACAUCCCCGACAGAAGAUCACAGCAGUGUAAGGACGCCACAUUCAACUACUCAGCUCUACCGACAGUUUCCGUGGUAACGCCAGUCCACAACGAGGCUCUGUCUACUCUCGUGCGCCACGUGUUUGCGAUACUGUUGCGCACUCCUAAUCAGCUGCUGAAAGACAUUAUUCUGGUGGACGAUAACAGUACGUUUUCUUAUUUAGGCAAAGAUUUGGACGAUUAUUUUCGGAUUCUUGACCCUCGAAUUAAAAUAUUGCGGAACAAUGGUCGCGAGGGUCUUGUAAUGUCAAGGUUACAUGGCGCUGAUGUUGCCAGGGGAGACGUGGUUGUUUUCCUUGACGCCCAUAUGGAAGUGUGCACUGGUUGGGCGGAGCCUCUUCUUGACAGAAUCAACAGCCAAUCAGCUAUCGUUGUACAACCGGAUGUGCCCGGAAUCGACGGUGACACCUUUGAUAUCGAGACUGGUCAUACUGUUGCCUUUAGAGGAGGAUUUGGUUGGGACAUGAGGUAUGCCUGGAUGUUUAUACCGCCAUAUGUUUAUCAGAUGCAGACCUCACGACUUGACCCAAUUCCAACGCCUGUUCUAGUUGGCUGCGCCAUAGCUAUAAACAGAAAAUAUUUCAACUCAAUAGGUGGGUUUGAUCCAGGACUCCAAAUAUGGGGCGGGGAGCAUUUUGAUUUGUCCUUCAAGGUAUGGACAAGUGGAGGCAGAGUGGAAACGAUACCGUGCUCGAAAGUAGGUCACGUUUUCAAAAGCAAUAAAUACAGCUAUGGUCCCAAGGGUAAAGGGUACAUCCUGGCCAGGAAUCUGCUCCGAGUUGCCGAGAUCUGGAUGGACGAAUAUAAGGACAUUGUUUAUGCAACAUCCAGAGACCUCAACGGCCAAGUCCCCGUGUUCAAUGAAGCGGAGUUGGCGUCAAUUGAGGAACGACGUCAACUGAGACGACGCUUGAAGUGCAAAGACUUCAGUUGGUUCCUGAAGCACAUUAUGCCAGAGAUCAAGAUUCCAACACGGGAUGCUCGCUUCUUUGGGGAGGUGACAAAUCAUCAGACAGCAGGAUGUUUCUAUGUGAUGAAAGAUGGCUAUAUCGGUGUCACACCUUUGUGUUUUAGGUUUAGGAUUAUUCCAGAGAACACGUUUACUAUAGAUGAAUCGGGUCGGAUGUUAUAUGAAAGUGCAUGUGUUGGAUAUGAUAAAGGGUCGAGGGUGUUGAAACUGAUGGAAUGUCCUUGUGUGGCUCGAGGCGUGACUUGGCCGAAAUGGGCCAUUAACUCAGACAGUCAACUGACCUACACCGAUGCCAGCGGAACGUUGUGUGCAACACAUGUGACUUCAAUGACGUACGUGCAUAAGAGAGAACAGGUGGUUCAGUUGAUCGAUUGUGAUGUACAUAAUCAAUUUCAAAAAUGGCAUUUUAUGUAUCAUUUUGUGUACUGAGCGUAAGUAAUAGAUGACUCCAUUGAUCGUCA